CGCCGAGGAACCUGGAUUCCCGGCCGCCCUCCUCCUCCUCCUCCUCCUCCCUCUUUAUUUUCUUUUUUUUUUUUUUCCCUCCUCUCCCCUUUUCUUUUCCUCCCCCUCCCCUCCCCUCCCCUUCUCCCGACAGCAUAGCCGGGGCUCGGGCUCGUUCCCUCCCCCGUGCCCUCCCCUGGAGCCGCCGCCGCUGCCUCCGCCGCCGCACACGGAGACAUGUACCCGGGAGCCCCCUCCGCCGGACCCGUGCUCACACCUCCUCCCCCAUUGCCACCACCAAUACAGGGAUAUGCCUUUAAACCUCCUCCUCGACCAGAUUUUGGCACUUCUGGGAGAACAAUCAAACUGCAGGCCAACUUCUUUGAAAUGGACAUUCCUAAAAUAGAUAUCUACCAUUAUGAGUUGGAUAUAAAGCCAGAAAAAUGUCCUAGAAGAGUUAACAGAGAAAUUGUGGAGCAUAUGGUUCAGCACUUUAAAACCCAGAUUUUUGGGGAUCGCAAGCCAGUGUUUGAUGGAAGAAAAAACCUUUAUACAGCUAUGCCACUUCCCAUUGGGAGAGAUAAACAGGUGGAGCUGGAGGUCACACUGCCAGGAGAAGGAAAGGACAGAAUAUUUAAGGUGGCUAUAAAGUGGAUGUCCUGUGUGAGUUUGCAGGCUUUACAUGAUGCUCUCUCUGGCCGGCUGCCGAGUGUCCCAUUUGAGACCAUCCAGGCGCUGGAUGUAGUGAUGAGGCACUUGCCUUCCAUGAGGUAUACUCCUGUGGGGAGAUCUUUCUUUACAGCAUCAGAAGGGUGCUCGAAUCCUUUGGGUGGUGGCAGAGAAGUUUGGUUUGGCUUCCAUCAGUCAGUCAGACCUUCAUUAUGGAAAAUGAUGUUAAAUAUUGAUGUGUCUGCAACUGCAUUUUACAAAGCACAGCCAGUUAUUGAGUUUGUCUGUGAAGUUCUGGACUUCAAAAGUAUUGAAGAACAACAAAAACCUCUGACAGAUUCCCAAAGGGUAAAGUUUACCAAAGAAAUAAAAGGUCUGAAGGUGGAGAUAACACACUGUGGACAGAUGAAAAGGAAGUACAGAGUGUGCAAUGUCACCAGACGACCAGCAAGUCACCAAACAUUCCCACUUCAGCAGGAGAAUGGACAAACAGUUGAAUGCACUGUAGCUCAGUAUUUUAAGGACAGGCAUAAAUUAGUUUUACGCUACCCUCACCUUCCAUGUUUACAAGUUGGACAGGAGCAGAAGCACACAUACCUUCCUCUGGAGGUGUGCAACAUAGUGGCAGGACAAAGAUGCAUAAAGAAACUCACUGACAAUCAAACUUCCACUAUGAUUCGAGCCACUGCCAGAUCAGCGCCGGACCGGCAGGAAGAGAUCAGCAAAUUGAUGCGGAGUGCGAGUUUCAACACCGAUCCUUACGUCCGAGAAUUUGGGAUAAUGGUCAAGGAUGAAAUGACAGACGUGACUGGCAGAGUCCUACAGCCUCCCUCAAUCCUCUAUGGAGGCAGGAAUAAAGCAAUUGCUACACCAGUUCAAGGUGUCUGGGACAUGAGGAAUAAACAGUUUCACACUGGAAUUGAAAUAAAGGUUUGGGCAAUUGCCUGCUUUGCUCCCCAGCGCCAGUGCACUGAAGUUCAUCUUAAGUCCUUCACAGAACAGCUGCGGAAGAUUUCCAGGGAUGCUGGAAUGCCAAUCCAGGGGCAGCCCUGCUUCUGUAAAUACGCCCAGGGAGCCGACAGUGUGGAGCCCAUGUUCAGACACCUCAAGAACACUUACACUGGGCUGCAGCUUGUCGUGGUCAUUUUGCCAGGAAAAACACCAGUCUAUGCGGAGGUGAAGCGCGUUGGUGACACGGUGCUGGGGAUGGCCACUCAGUGUGUGCAGAUGAAAAACGUCCAAAGAACAACACCACAAACUCUGUCCAACCUUUGCUUAAAAAUAAAUGUCAAAUUAGGAGGUGUAAAUAACAUUCUAUUGCCACAGGGAAGACCCCCAGUAUUCCAACAGCCUGUCAUAUUCCUUGGUGCAGACGUAACUCACCCACCAGCUGGGGAUGGGAAAAAACCUUCCAUUGCUGCAGUUGUAGGAAGCAUGGAUGCUCAUCCCAACCGUUACUGUGCCACCGUCCGGGUGCAGCAGCACCGCCAGGAAAUCAUCCAGGAUUUGGCUGCCAUGGUCAGGGAAUUGCUUAUCCAGUUCUACAAAUCAACGAGAUUCAAACCAACUCGCAUCAUCUUCUACAGAGAUGGUGUUUCUGAGGGGCAGUUCCAACAGGUUCUCCACCACGAGCUGCUGGCUAUCAGGGAGGCUUGCAUUAAACUGGAGAAGGAUUAUCAGCCUGGCAUCACAUUUAUAGUUGUGCAGAAAAGGCACCACACCAGACUCUUCUGCACGGAUAAAAACGAACGGGUUGGAAAAAGUGGAAACAUUCCAGCUGGUACCACAGUAGACACAAAAAUCACCCACCCCUCAGAGUUUGACUUCUACCUGUGUAGUCAUGCUGGGAUCCAGGGAACAAGCCGACCUUCUCACUAUCACGUGCUCUGGGAUGACAAUCGCUUCUCCUCGGAUGAGCUGCAGAUCCUCACCUACCAGCUGUGCCAUACGUACGUACGCUGCACGCGCUCCGUCUCCAUCCCUGCACCAGCAUAUUAUGCACACCUGGUGGCCUUCAGAGCCAGGUACCAUCUGGUGGAUAAAGAGCAUGAUAGUGCUGAAGGAAGCCACACUUCUGGCCAGAGCAAUGGCAGAGAUCACCAAGCACUUGCUAAGGCAGUCCAGGUGCACCAGGACACGCUGCGCACAAUGUACUUUGCUUGAUGUGUUUUAAUGUUCAGCGGCUCCGGACAAGGCAGGAUUGGAUUCACACCAGAGCAGCUGCACUUAGACCAACAGAUGCCCCAGCCCAGGGACAGCCAGCUAUGAGUGAUGCAUCUUAAUUCCUUUCUUUCCCAUUGCAAGGAAGCCUUCCGUCCAGAAUUUCAGACUUGAUCACAAACUGCAUUCUUCUACCAAACCCUCCUAUUGUCGGAAAUGUGGUUUGCCAAAAAUCUCUGAGCUGCUUGCUAUAAAACAGACCCAGAUUUUAUAAUUAAAUCAAGAGCUGCAAUCUCAGGGCUUAGGGAAGAAAAACAAAAAACCAAACCAACAACCCAACCCACAAAACUCCUCAUUCAGUUUGCUGUUCAUUGAGUUGCUUUUGAUAAUUUGGAAAGAUCUAAUUCAUACUAACAUUUGAUGAGCUAAAACGCUGUGAAUCAGCUUUUAAUACAAAGGAAAGCAAAGCAUCUUUUGAGUAUUUAUGAAGCCUUGAUUAUUCUGGAUGCAUUUACAAAAUUUUUAUUUUCAAAAUAAGAGCGUGACAAAGUUCUGGUUUCUAAUUGUCUUAUAAAGAUUAUUCUCAGAUUAUUCUCUGCGUGUCUAAGGGCAUAUGUAUUUUCUGAAGCUUGUUCUUGAAUGUUUUUUAUUGUGCUGCAUUUUAAAAUGUUUUUCGUAGACUAAAGAUGAGUAUAAAAAAAAAAACAAACCUGUAACUAAGCUUUUAAUAGCUCCAGUUAGAUCGGCAAAAGAGAAUGUGCCAUUCAAAAAAUUUGUAAAGAUUUUUUUUAAAUCAUACUGACAGCUAACUUUAGGAUUUGUCAUACAGGACUGUGACACUUACUUUCCAAAGUCUCUAAAGAAUACGGGUCUGUGGUGAUAAAUACAGUACAAUCCUUUUUCACUGUUGUUUGAGUUAAUGUAAAUUUUAUAUAUGUUUCACAGUAUUAAUGUGAUAGACUAGAUGCUAUUAUUUAUUUUUAUUUACUAAGGAGUGCUCAUCAUACUUCUGUUAACAUAUCAAGAAUGCUUUGAACUUAGAAAGUAAAAUCCUUUUUGUGGGGACAUUACUCUUCAAAUGCAAAAAAAAAAUAUGCAAUCGAUGUGGUGAGAGGUCAGAGAUGCAGCCAGUGUCUGUUGUAGCUUGGGAUUUGCAGAAAGGCUUUUUCAACAUGCACACAACACAGCAGGUUUUACCUCUGCGGUUCAGACGCACACAAGACCGACAUCCUCCGUUCAUUCAAGCACAAAACAAUUGUAUUUUAUUUAUAUGUUGAGUAGUGGUGAAGCAGGAGCUCUGCUAGAGGAGAGUGGCUCGCUGGAAGUUAGGCAGAAGUCAGAGAAUCUAUGCAGUAAAGAUAAAAAUUAGGAAACUGAAGUUUACUUAGGGAGGGAGGUGAAACUCUCUUCAUUAUGCAUAAGAUCUGUAGGAGAUGUGAGAGUUUGGCCAUUCUCUUAGAAGAAGCAUUAAUUAAAACUGAUAAUUAUUAGAUGCUUCUGUUAGUUUGCACACUGGAUUCAUAAAAACCAUAACACACAUGUAAACCAUUGCACUAAUGACAAUGCCAUGAGCAGGUUUAGGAGAAAAUGGAAAAAGCCCAGGAAAGUUGUUUAUGCUGAGUUGAUCUUGUUUGUUUUUCCAUGGGAUAACUGAAAUGACAUGCUGAGAGGCAGGUUGGAAAACCUUCAUUCUCUUCCAUUGAUGGAUUUUGCUUUGUCUUUUCCCUUUUCUCUGAGCAGCUGCUCAGUCUCUGUUUGGACACUUUUACCUCUGGCCACUGGGAUGGGCGAGUAGCUUUAACCCAUGCAGAGCUCUGGGCCACAGAGCAGGUCAUCUGCGACUAGGUGGUGUUGGAUAAGCUAGAAAAUGCCCAACCUUUGCUGCAUAAAGAUUUUUAGGUACAUAAUUCCAGUUCAGAUCUUCACCUUGUAGCAGUGUGUUGGUUGUCAGUGUUUUGUAGGUGAAAUGUAGAACCUGUUAAUGGAAUAAUUGUAUUUGUUUCUCUUACUAUUUGUUACUAUUACUAUUGUAAUAGUAUCACUAUUCUAAUUGGUGAUUAGGCUGCUGGCUCAGAGUGUCUUCUUGGUCAUAGUUCUGUAAAUUCAGAUUUCUGUAAAUUUGAAGCAAAUCCUAGGUAGCAUUGUCUGUCUUGCUGUGUGCCAGCGAGGUUGUACCUACCUCCCCUCAAGUACCCCUGAGCUGCAGAUCCUCCCCUUGGUGGGUGUGUUGCACUUCUCUGUGUUUCCUUGAGAGCUUUCCUAUUUCAGUGAAGAUAUUAAUUUGGCAGAGUUUUAUAUAAGAAUUAUUUUUAUAUGGAUUCUUCUUAUCAAAUAGGAUAAAGAUCAUCCAUUUUAAGACAUCAUUUAACUUAUUUGCUGUCUGUUAUGCAGAGACCUCUUGGAUGUGAAAUUCAUCCCCCUCUUUCCACGGAUAUCUGGGACAAAGGAAUUGUACAGGUGGUCAGAUGGGGUGAGGAGAGCAGGAUCUGUCUUGACCUCAAAUCUCAUUUCUGAAGCAGCCUGGGACUGCACUGCAUCCUGUUUAAGAUGUUUCCUUUGUAAGAGAGUUUUAGGCAGCUCCUUAAUCUGAGAGUAGUUGUUGUUCGUGUAUCCUCUUGGAAUGAGCAGAUAUUCUGUGUAGCUUUCUUUCCCUAAGUAUGAAGAACUUGGGAUGUUUAUGUGCAUUUCAGGAUGUUUUUACCUUUUACAGAUCUUUCUAAGCCUCUAAUAACUGCUAAUCCUUUAUGCCUUGGUGUCUCCCUCCUUUUCCCUCCCACCAGUGGUGAAUUAGUGAAUUUAAAACGUUAAAAAAAAACCAAACCCACUGAUUAAGUACAUGCUUUGUAAAGUACAGCAUGCUGGCAGUCCAGCAGCUCUCCUUCUGGGAGUAUUUUUAAUAUAAACUAUGUAUUCAAGAAUGUCCAGAAAAACCCACCACAAACACCUAAGAUCCCAGUAUUAUUUUUUAUUCUGUACCUCCCACAUGUCUGGUGUAGAGCAGAAACUUCUCAGGUCAACACAAAGGUCAAGAAGUCUCAAUCUCCCACAGGUUGCUGCUGGAGAAGUGCCAGCUGAGGUCACAGCUCUGAGUCUCUGGGUCACUGUGUAGCUCAGGUCAGCAAUAACCAAAUUUGUGCCACCCUUGGGCACUUGGGGCAUUUUCCAGCCCAUGCAAAGGAGUCCCACUGCAGAACCCCCAAAACCAGCAUCAGCAAGUGUGAAAUGCUCCUCUUGGCAGGUGACAAAUACUGUCAGAAGACAUGAAAUACUGAAAAGUUAGGUUUUUUUCCUCUGAUGUGCAAAAUCUAAUGCAAUAAUGGGGUUUGCUUAAUGGUGGAAAUUUCUGCUCCAGUGGCUGAACAGAGUAACGAGUCCACUCCAUCUGUUCUAGCGCCCAGGAAACAACUGAGCUGAUCCUUAGGAGCAAUGUCCUGUUGGGAAAUGCUGGAAGUAGGUGGAUUUGUCUCUGCCUGUAUGUGGCAUUUAAGACAGCCCUAUGCAAUUUAACACUUGUGUGUGUGUGUGUGUGUGUGUGUGUUUGCACUGAUGUACAGUGUGAGAUCACUUGUUUUAUUAGAGCUCCUUAUUUUGGCUCGGUUUGCUUUAGAAUAUUUAACUUGGUGAAUUACAAUCAAUGAUCUUCCAUGUAGAAGCUUUGGCACAGGAAUUCCCUUGUUUCUUGAUCUGUCAGGUAACAAAUACCAUUGAUCUCUAUCCAGGCCCCCAGGCAGCGUUCCCUGAUAGUAAAAAAAAAAGAGGUUGUGAAGGUUUGGCUUUGAUUCUUCCUCUCUCAAUAACUCCUGCAGCCUUUGUCCAUUGUAACAGAGUCUUGUUCUUGUUGGAUCAUUUUUAUAAGACGAGGUAUUUCCACAAGGAUUUUCAAAUUAAAACUUUUGGAGAGUGGGUGUGAGGAGUUCAGGGGUUUUUCUGAAAAGAUUGAAUUUUCUAAGAUGCUUCUUAGUUUUUCUUUCUGACUUAAGUCAUUGGGGCCCAAAGGCUUUUGAUUAAAUAGCAGACUCAGUCAAAUAAGCAUCUCUGCUGGCAUAAAUAACCCAUAAGGGACCUUUUUUUUUAAAGACAUCUUUGACAUCUUUUACACACAUUAACUAAACGAAUGUAAGAAGAGUUCUCAGUAUUUUUCACACUUGAGACCAGUGUAAAACUCACUUGUUUUCCUGUUUUUUUAAUACUCUUCUCCUGCCAUAGCAUCUCUCUUUGUGUGGCUUUCCCCAUUCCUAAUGCAGGGCAGUCCUUUGUUUUUUACUUUUAUAUUCCAUUUGGUAACAUGCUUCUUGAUGCACACAUGCCAUCUUUCCUAAGGAAAACUUCAAGUAGAAGGUAAUUGCACUGAUUUUUUGGGUUUUUUUAAACUCUUUUUACUGUAUGAUUUUUUUUUUUUUUUGCGCAUCUGUUGUGGCUCUUUGAAAAUACUGUAAAUAGUGCUCUGUACAGCAAAUACUGAAAUGCUGGGGAUACCAUUCCUUGUUAUAUAUUCCAGAAUCCUGCCAUAUUUUCCAGUGUUGAUAUACGAGCUUUGGUGUCAAAUGCUGUUAGCCUUUGUUUGCAUUAUGGUGUUAAUCCAAAGCACAGUUGCUUUAUGACAGUGGAAAUAUUUAGGGUUUGUUGGAAUUUAUAAAACAUUUCUUCCUUCUCUCCCCUGUGCACAUUUCUGCCAGGCCACAGAGAUGCAUUUUUUCAGCUCUCACUGUGCUCGUUGUCUGUGCAAGGUUCAAAUGCCAAUUUUGGUAUCAGUUAGGUGACUGAUGGCAUUAAUGUAAUACCUGGAUCAUCAGCUGUACUCUCACAGGUUUUCCUUGGUUGCUCCAGCAUCUGAUUCUUGUGUCGUAGAAGCAGAACCAGUGGAUGUGGCAGAAUUAGUGGAAUUACAGGGAUUUGGGAUCCAGUUAGGAUGUCUUGCUGUCUGUCCCUGCAUGGUGUGGGAUUGGGGAGUGCAGUGGAUGUUUCAGUGCUCUGAGCUAAAGGAAUGGUGUCACCUCUGCCCAUGGAUCUCCCGUCCAUCAGCAGUUGCCUUUUGCUUCCAUAACCCUCGGGGACAGGACAGACCCCAACUCCAGCCCCAUUGUCUGAUGUUAGGAUGCAAACCAUCAAGUCCUGCCUUCUGUUUCUGAGGGUAAAUGACUGGAAAGAUGCAUUUUCUGAGAGGGUUUAAUCCAGAUUGUAUGGGAGAGGGGUGCUGUGUGUGCUUGGUGUGGCACAGAAUCUGUUUAAUCUCAUUUAGUGUUUCAGUUGCUUUGUCACUUCUUCGAAGUGUUAAUUUGAAUGUAAUUACUUGGCCAAAUCACUACAAAAGUGGGUUUGUGAGAAUCUUUAGUUACAAAGCAGGUGCAGUUCAAGGCUACCUCCUGUGUUCCUUCACAGAAGAAUUCAUUGACGUGAACCUCCCACUAAGCAGCCAAAAUGCUCCCAGAGGGACUGGAUUUGUCCUGGUCUGUUCCUUCCUGGGAAGUGGCAGUGCCAUACUGUGAUCCUGGGUGGCUGCUCAGCCUUCCCUCUGUCUUCCAGAGGUGCCCCUGUGUAUUGAGAGGGUACCAGACCUGGCAAGAGGCACGUCUGGCACAUCUGCUUCUGCUCAGGGUCAGUCCAUCGCAGCAGCUCCCUCUGUGACCUGUCCCUUCACUUGAGUUUCUAUACUGUUGUUUUCCAAAUGAAAAAUGUUUCUGUUCUUUACCUGUUGGCCAGAAAAUGUCAGGUUUUCUCUGAAAAUGACAUGAAGGUGCUUGAAAUAUAUUUUGAGUCUGAGGCAAAAAAUAAUUUAAAAAUUAUUUUUUAAAUGUGUUUUUUAGAUGAGUUGACAUGCGACUGUAAGAGUGAAAAUACUUUAUUCCUUGCUCGGAAAAUUAAAAACUUUAAAAUGCAGGAAAAAAAACCCAAACCAAACCAUCAAAAAAUAACCCCAAACCUGAAUAUGUUCAUCUUGGGACUGUUUAGUGUCAGUUCUGUGCAGAGCCUUGGCCAAAACUCAACCCCGACAUAAGUGCACGUGGACUGAGGGUGCUUUAAGUGACCUGAAAUGAAACUGUAGAAAACUGUGUUAAUACAUCAGAAUUUUGUUUACAAUUAUUCCAAAAAAGCUUCCUCAUCUCAGAACAAACCACUCUGCUGACAGAAAUACCUGUUGGAGCACCGUGUGCUGGUGUGGUUUUGUAGCAGUGUUAAAGUUGAUUUUUAUUUAGAGGUAACAGGUCUUUGUGCUAUGGAUUUUGGCCUGUCACAGUGAGUUUCCUGGGAUUCUGUGCUCCCUGCAAUUUCCUUCCCUUAAUCUCUGGCUGUAGACACUAAUGGAGCUCAUCCAUGGCAGGGGAUUGCUGCUAUCCUGACUUUUGGGAGCCCAGAUUUUGCAAGUGACUGAAUAAACCAUUAUAAAUCAGCUCAUUAAUAACGGAAUGGGGCAAAAUCCUGUCAGUUUGGUUCAGUUCUCAGUCGUGAUUUAACAAAGCCCCCCCAAAAGUGUGAAGUGCAGGGUAAAUGGCUGCUUUGGAGAUGUUUCACUAUAUUCUGCACUGCAGAUCGAGGACACUAUUGCUGGCAGGGCUUGCACUGUGCAGAGAUGCUGAACAGCUCCUCUGUCUCUGAUGGGAGCAGAGUUUUGUAUACAGACAAGGCAGACCUGGGAUCAUCAGGAAGUUUAAGGAGCCCUGUGCUUGGUGCUGCUCAUGCCAUAGAGAAAAGAAAGACUGAGUACCCCAGCCCUUGGGGAAACGAGAUGAGGAAGUGAGGGGAGACAUUUCCUUGCAAAAUUGCCAAUUCAAGCACUUGUUCAGGUGACAGUUUAAUUCUUAGUUUUCCUUCUGGCUUCCCUGCAAGUGCCCCUCAGAAAUCCCCCCUGCUGCACCCAUCUGCUGGCCCCAUCCCAGAGGGGGAAGGUUGGUAGGGAGCUCCCCAAGUUGGUUUGUGGUGUCAGGGAGCUCUGACUUGGUUGGGGCCAGGACAGGGAGGGUUGAGAGGUUGGCAGGAGUCAGUUGUGGGAGUUCUGCAAGUGGCAGCACUACAGACCUGCAGCACCAGGUAAAGUCUGGCUGCUCCUUCCUCCCACCUAAAUAUCCCCCAAAAAAGCAAUUCCUUUGGAUUUAUCCAUGUGCUGCCUCAGCAGAUGCAUCCUAAAACUGCCUGUGGCUGCUCUUCCACCAACCAACCUCCCUGUGUGGUUUGAGGAGCCUUGGCUUGCAUGGCAGUUCUGUAUCAAAGGCAAUAAUCCUUUCCAUGGGCUUCUUAGGAGUGCACAGGUUUUAGUUGCGUUUUUCUCCUCACAUUUUGAAUGUGCCAUUGUACCACGGGCUUUAGUUUUGUUAUUUUUUUCCUCCCUUUAAACACAACUAAACCACCUCCUGGAACAGCUGCUCUCUGCUCAUCAGUGGGGAUUGCAGAUGCUGUCUGACCUGGGAGCAAGCCUAGGAGUUGUCCCCAAAAUAUAAAUUUGAACUUUUCUGGUCAUUUUAUGGGGUUUUUUUGAGUGUGCUUGGCAAGUGUGAAUGGUGAACAGGUCAGCAGGCAAGCUUGGGAGUCUAUAAUCCCCCGGCUGGUGCUGUUUGUGUUUGCUUUGUUAGGUUGGAUUUCCUGUCAGAAAAAAAAAAUUAAAUAAUGUGGACUUUUUUCUGUAUUUGUCAGCUUUUCCUGGUUUUAAAGCCAUGAAUAGAGGAAGCUUCACUCGUGCCAGUAUUUGUGAAAUUGCAUAUUUUUGCCUGCCAUGUACUUGGCUCAAAGCAGAUGCUGUCUGGGCUUUAUGAGCACCCCAAAACCUCAGCUGCUGUGGGUUGGAUCAGACCUCUCAAGUACCAACAUGAGAUCCAGUGAAUUUUGUUUCUAGAUUUCCCCAAAGUUAAUUCUGCAUCAACUGUGAGGUGCUCAAACCUCACUGUUCUAUAGCACUGUUUCUAUGCUAUAAAAACUAUAAGGAUUUGACCCAAAUUUUGUCAUUCCUGAUACAUUUUCUCGUGAAACUUAACAUGACUGAGCCCUUCAAUUGCUCAUCUCAUUUACACAUGACAACUUUGUAAUUGCAUUUUAAAGAAAAUAAGAGAAAAAACCCAACUAAACCAUCAAAAACCAUUAAAAAGUAAGUUUCAGAAUUAUUUAUCUUGGAAAAUCAAAUUUUCAAUGAGGUGCAAUGAGGAAUUACAUCUGGCAAAGCUCUGUGCUGUCCUGAAGACUGUUACCACUUGCUUUCUGUAAUUUGUUGAUGAAGUUUAGUAGAUUUGCUAGAUCUGUGUGUGUGUCCCUUGCUGUGUGUGUACACACGUGUGAUAGGAAAGGGGACAGUAUAUAGGCUGUCUGUAAAAGAUAAAAAGGCAGUAUUUGGCUGGAAAUAAUAAGCACAAUUUCCGUGGCUUUUGCAGUAUUUUAUUAGUUGAACAAUCACAAAGACUUCAACAUUUAGGGCAGUUGAUAAGUAAAGGUCCAGCCCUGGAUUUCUGUGCAGCAGAGUGGUUAACUUGAUCUUGGGAGGGUGAGAUAGAAAACAGAAUGUAUUGAUUAAAUCCUUUUUUUUUUUUUUUUUUUGCUUUAAUUUUGGUACAUUGCAAAUUUAACUGACUUUAUCUGCUAAGGUUUUUAAUCUUUUGUUUUAAUAGUAUCAAUUUUUUAAAAUUAUUUUUUAUAAAAUAACUGAAAAAAAAGAACCAAAAAUCAAUCCAGAAGCUUAAUAUUGUAAAUGUUCCCUCCAAUGAAAAUGUUUCUAUGACCAUUUAAAGUUUGCUUCUUUUUUUUUGAGAAAAAAAGAAAAAAGAUAUGAUGUUAAGGUUGUUCCAAGUGGUACUAAAUGUGUGUUGAGUAGUUUUGUGUGUGUGUUGCAUCUCUGUGGAACUGUCUCGUGCUUGCAGUAUAUAAAUGAUGUAGUGCUGGCUGGGGGAGAGUAGCACUUGUAAUGCAAAAACCAGACCCAGAAUUACUCUCAGCUGACUCUGAAGGGCAUCCCUGGCACUGUAGGAUUUCCCGUGGAGGUUGGAGGCAUCACUUGGCAGUGCUGGGGGGUCACAGGGGGGUGGAAUCAAUCCAUUGCUUCUCUCGCUGCCGUAGGUGAGCACUUGCAUGAUGCUGUGUGGCCACGCCACUUUAAACUAAGCCUUAACUAAAUGAUAAAUGUGUCAGAUUUCUCUCUCAGAGUAUGCAAAAAUACUGUUUAAUGACAGGAGGAUGUUCCUGUAGAGCUUCAGUGUUAGUAAAGGAAGUCUCCUGGCCUGAGAAAUAAGGGAUGCCUGUAGCUGUCUGUACUGUGAUGCCUCUUUGGGCGCUGGCUGUUGAGGCCUCUUGGGCCUUCCUCCAGCAGCUGACCCCAAACAGGCUUUCCCAAAUCCCAAGCUUUUUGUUGUCCUUGUUGUCAGACACAUUCUCCUCCCUCCCCCUGCCAGCAAAUCUCUGCCUGAAGGAGGAUUGUGAUUUAACACUUCAAAUUUUACAUCCCAAAAAAAGCCAUUCUUGAGUUCCGCGCUUGCUUCAGGUAGGUGCCACCGAUUCCAUUUCUUAUGACUGACAUAGGAUCCUUAAAACAUUUUAAAUAGAGGCAAAAAAAAGUGUUGGGGACCCAGCUUGCUUUUAUUUUAGUAUUUUUUUUUUCCAAUUUGGAUCUACCUCAUGUAACCAGUUGGGUGCUAAUUACUCAAAUUGUCAAGGAGAUUUGACAAAGGCGACCAAAUCGACCCCAACCAUGGCCCAAAACCUUGGGUUUCUUGUUCUGAGACAACAAUCUUGGAUUUGAGUUCUAUUCUUUGUGCCUUUGUGUUUUUUUUCCCCAGUGCACAACAAUCAAAACUCAUCUUGAUUAAAAACAGCAAAUGGAUUUUAACCAUGCCACAAAAAACUGAAUUUGAAAAUAUUUGUCGGUGUAGCAAGUUGUAAAAUAAAGUAUCACAGCUGACCUAGGCAAAGAGAAAUACCCAAUAAAGAAGGUUUUGGAAAUGUUUAAUCCUGACCCCAGAUCUCUACAUCUCUGUGUCUCUAUGUAUGCAUAUAGCACACGACUUUGUGUGUAUAUGUGUAUAUAUAUAAAUAUAAAAUGGAUACAUGUGUAAGGGUGAGGGAAUAAAACAUCAUUGACCUUUCCACAGUUUUGUAUGUAACAGUUUACAACAAUGUGUAACUUUUUUCUACUAUGUGAACCUUUUUUACUCAAAAAGAAUUCCUUUUCGGAAAGCUUUAAGUUGUGAUACGCUAUUAUUUUUUGAAGUUUAAUAAAUUUUUUUAAAAUCCACUUUUUACCAGUACCUACUACACAGGGGGACUCUUUGCUGUAAAACUGUAUUUAGUUUAAAUAUUAAAAGAAAAAAAAAAUCUAUAUAUGGGAUUGUAAAAGUGCUGACAUUCCAUCAUGGCAGGACUUCCAAGCUGUUUCCUAAGGCUUUCUGUUGCAGAGAGACUCGAACAAAAGGAAAAUGCCUCUGUUCAGUGUUUUUAUAAAACUGCUCCAUCAGGUCUAGACUUAAGCUAUAUUUUCUAAAGCCUAAUCAUCCUUUAAUAUGCUGCAGAUAAAUGAUCAGCAUGGUUGCACUUUCUCAGUAAUAAAGUUUGCCCUGCAAUUGGCUCAUGAUAAGAACUUUAGUUUUUUAACAAAACCAAUCGUACUUUGGGCAGAAGGUAAUAUUUAUAUAGGUACCUCAAGAUAAAAAAAAAAAAAAAAAAGAGCCUGAAUAUGCUGCAUUUUGUUUCUUUAACAUUUUUCAUGUAGCAUUUGUUUGGUUUUCUGGUUUUUUAGGAGAUGACUUAGCUACCUGUUUGCUUUGGGGGACCCCAGUAGCAUUUUAGGCCAUUGUAUUCCUUGGGUCUCACAGAAUGUAGUAUCCUGCCUUGGGAUCAUGCAGAAGUUUGGGAUGGGAUGUGCCCUGCGGUGUGUACACACAGGGAGGGGGACCAUGGGAAUUCGCUUUAUAGACUUCAGGAAAAGGAGGAAAAGGAUACUAUAUUCCUAAAACAGACAAUACAUGUUCCUAAUCUUAAUUCUGUUGUAUUUGGUUUUGCUCUUUCUGCUUUCUUGCCUCUUUUCUCAAAUACGAGUGUGGAAAGGGGCAGUUUUUUAAUGGGGACACAGUGACCUGCCCCAUUGGUGGGUGUUUUGGGGGUCAUUCCCCAAAUCCAUGGGUAAGAGCAGUGCCCCACGUUGGAGCAGGACUCUCCUGCUCUCUGCCCACUCCCUACUGCAGGUCCACCCUCUACUCCUUCAUUUCCGAGUCGGUGAAAAUCUAAAAAUGUGCAGAGAUGGGGAAUUUUUUGUUGAGAACUGUUGAAGGAAGCUUCAAAGGCUGUGAAAUUGAGCAUUUAUUGUCAUGUUUUUAAGCUUAGGUGGGUCCUUUUCCAAGUUUGUUUUACAGCUUGCAAGGUAAAAUAGUUUGCACUACUUUUGCAAUAAACUCAUGAAAAACCUAACAGGUUCUGUUCUGGUUUCUUACUGUAUGUAUACAACUAAUACUAAAGAUUUAGCAGAGUGUUUUUCACCUCAAAACAUAAGACUUGUAACAAGCUCAGAAUGCUGUAAUUCCUGACAAAAUAAUGAUGUGAAUGAUAUUUUAUAAAGUUAUUUUGUAUGGUGUCAAUUUUGUUUUGCCUCAUAGUAUGUCAAUAAAAUAAAAUUCCUCAUCUUUACAAGA